CUCCGGGACCUACUGUGAAGCCGCCACCACAGUUCAGCGAGACAAAGCCAGCAGGUAAACAUGCAUUUUUAAGGGGCCGCAGGUCAUAUACUGACAUUCUCUAGGAGGUGUAGUCGACAUGGACGUGCGUGAUCCAGCCUUCGCAUCACGCCUGAGCAGUCUCGGUGCCGUCCAGCCCAACCCUCACUACUCGCCGACGUCACGAUCGCAAUUCGACCCUCAGCCCCAAUCGCGGCGCCCAAAUGAAUCGCAGCAAUUACUCGGCGACAUGAUGCAGGCGCCGCCACAAUCAGCAUUCCCGGAUCCGAGAAACAACCCUGUCCUCCGAGUGCUUGAAGCAAGACAGCGAAUAGCAGAUGAGGCAGAGGGAGAGAUCAGCAAUGUUGGGCGGAGAGGAUUUGAGGGGCGGAAGUACGUGGAUGCUGGUGUCAUUACAUUGGCCUUGAUGAGGCAGUCGCGUGGCGAGCCAGUAGCGCGGAUUGAGAACAGCUUGGGGAUCAAGAAGGGAAGACUGAGCGUACUGAUGCCUGGGACAGUAGGAGCUAUGGCCCUGGACAGUUGAGGAAUAAUUACAGGACAAGAGAGGCAUAUCACGAGCAGAGGCGAAAACUGAAGAGAGAAGUGGUGUUCAUUGGAACCACCGUCGCAAUCGACACCGAGCGACAUACAUACAAACGAGACGA